AUGCCGACCAAUGGCUUGCACCAGGUGCUGAAGAUCCAGUUUGGCCUCCUCAAUGACACCGACCGCUACCUGACGGCAGAGAGCUUCGGCUUCAAGGUCAAUGCUUCUGCGCCCAGCCUCAAGAGGAAGCAGAUCUGGGUCCUGGAGCCCGACCCCGGGCAGGGCCCGGCCGUGCUCCUCCGAAGCAGCCAUCUGGGCCGCUACCUGUCGGCCGGAGAGGACGGGCGAGUGGCCUGUGAGGCGGAGCACCCAGGCCGCGACUGCCGCUUUCUGGUCCUGCCCCAGCCCGACGGGCGGUGGGCGUUACGGUCGGAGCCGCACGGCCGCUUCUUCGGCGGCACCGAGGACCAGCUCUCCUGCUUCGCCACAGCCAUCUCCCCGGCAGAGCUGUGGACGGUGCACCUGGCCAUCCACCCCCAGGCGCACCUGCUGAGCGUGAGCCGGCGGCGCUACGUGCACCUGAGCCGGCAGGACGACGAGAUGCUGGCGGACGGCGACAUGCCAUGGGGUGUGGACGCGCUGCUCACGCUCAUCUUCCGCAGCCGGCGCUACUGCCUCAAGUCCUGCGACAGCCGCUACCUGCGCAGCGACGGCUGCCUGGUCUGGGAGCCCGAGGCCCGGGCCUGCUACACGCUGGAGUUCAAGGCCGGCAAGCUGGCCUUCAAGGACUGUGAGGGCCGCUACCUGGCGCCCGUGGGGCCGGCGGGCACGCUCAAGGCCGGCCGCAGCGCGCGGCCGGGCAAGGAUGAGCUCUUCGACCUGGAGGAGAGCCCCCCGCAGGUGGUGCUGCUGGCCGCCAACCACCGCUACGUCUCCGUGCGGCAAGCCCGGCAGCUCAUCUGUUACUAUCAAGCAGAAAGCAUCACGCCCACACUCAGCAGCGUCAAUGUCUCAGCCAAUCAGGAUGAAGAACUGGACCAUGAGACCUUCCUGAUGCAGAUUGACCAGCAGACAAAGAAAUGUACCUUCUAUUCCAGCAUUGGGGGCUACUGGGCCCUGGUCACCCACGGGGGAAUUCAGGCCACAGCCACACAAGUCUCUGCCAGCACCAUGUUCGAGAUGGAAUGGCGUGGCCGCCGUGUGGCUCUCAAGGCCAGCAACGGGCGCUACGUGUGCAUGAAGAAGAACGGGCAGCUGGCGGCUGUCAGCGACUUUGUGGGUGAGCUCCGAGCCGGGGACAGGGUGGCACCACCGGGUAAACCAAGGCCUCGGGACAGCUCUGGCUCUCCCAGCCUGCUGUACCCUGGGGCUGGAGGGUCUGCGGUGCCCAGGUCCCAGGGCUGGGCCCCUGCAGCCGAUGAUGUCCAGUAG